AGGAGCAACCGAAGAACAGAAGCACUGCAUUUCAGUUCAGUUGCUUAUGGCUUCCCCUAAAAUUGCUUCCCUCUCUUGGGGACAAAUGAAAGUUGAAGGCUCUAUCUUAUAUAAGGACUGCAAAGUAUGGCCAGGAGGCAGUCCAGCUUGGGAUUGGAGAGAAACAGGAACUGAGCAUUCUCCUGGAGUGCCUCCAUCGACUGUGGAGUACCUCGAGAAACAAGGCAUUGAUGUGCGAGUCCUCCAGUCUCACACAGUGAAGGAGUACAAUGCCUUGGUUGCCCAAGGCAUAAGGGUAGAAGGUGUCUUCCAUUCCACCUGCUGAUGGAGCCUACAGAGGAGAAUAAACCUCUGGGCAGCAAUGCCUCGAGUGCCUUCCAUUCUCCACAUCAGCCUCCACU